GAUUCUUCUCACAAAGCAAGUGGUUAAAGUGGUGUGCUGGCACUUGGGGAGUUUUCCAGCAGCCCUUCCAUGGUGGGAGCUUCUCUUCCCGUCAGUUAAUGCUCUGAGAGAAUGGGAGGCUUUUCCUCAAAAGAAGCUCCAGUUGCACCAGAGCCCAUUUGCCCUACUACCACUGUCACUACCACUGUCCACACCCCUACACCUGAUUUCAAAGCUGCAGAAGCCAGAUGCUGGAUUAAUAACCAUGAAAUACUGUACGUGUCACUGGCCUUCAUCUCUGGCAUCCUCCUGACUGUCCUGGUUUUUGCAAUCAUCUUCCUCUUCAGGAAAAGUUCUAAAAGAUCCCACCAAAAUUUACCACAGGAAACUUUCACCCAGAGGGCAGCUGAGGAAUCUCUUAGGAACACCCAGAAUGAAGUGACCUACAGCACUCUGGUCUUCCAGCGGGGCAGGACACCACUGCAUCUGUGAUGAGGAAGUUCCAAAUGAAAUCAAAAUGGUCCCACUUUCUGGGCAUCAAAAGCCACGAGGACGUUACACCAAGGAUGUUACACCUGAGAAUGCCCCCAUGCCCUCUGUUACACAGCUCUUUUUGCAGCUGUGACAGGAAAUUGUCUCCUGUUCAAACUGGCUGCCAACAGCUGUGGGCAGAUGGAGUUUCUGUACAGGAUUUCCUCAUCUGUAGAAAUCCCCCUGCCCUUGUAAAGUUUCCGUUUGUGAGAACUACCAGAGAGAAGUGAGAAAUGAAAAUAUUUCUCUGCAUUGAUCCAUGUGUGCCCUUGUGUUUCCCUUUUCUGUCACCAACUCUAACACUUUCCGUAUUUUUUUUUUUUUUGAUUGCCAAGUGCUCUGCUUAGUAAUUUUCUGUUAUUGAAGUGAUGGUCAUGAAAUGUCUGGAUGCAAAUCUCUGCUUGCUGGUUGAGUCCCAUAAAAGAAAUGCACCAUCACAGCGUGACAACCAAAAUCUCUGGGAAUGUUCAUUCACAGACACCGUUCCCUUUGCGUGAGCAGGGAUGGUUUCCGGGGGGUGGCAGUGUCACAGCAGCCCGGGGCUCCCCAGGAGCAGGGCUGGAGGUGCCACCUGAUGGCAGCACCAGCCUGGGCUGGGGCUGCCCGGGUGCCCUGCGCUGCUCGGUGCCUGCA